AUGACGACAACUUCUACUGGUCGUGCUCGGUUCUUCGAUCUUAUGCAUGAAACCGGAGAUAAAUUAUCCUCAUUUAAAAACUAUCAACGGCUGGAAGAACCUUUACUUGAAGAGGCAAUCAUUCAAAUCCAACAACAUCGAGCAUUCAACCUCAAUGCUGAUAUUCAAAAUAAAGUUUCUUUGGCUAAAGAAGAAUGUUCAAAAGAAAUGGAUGUUAAUAAUCUGACUGUAGAUGAAAGAGCAGCGAUUCGGCUUUACACAAUAGAAUCAAAGAUCGAAAAAGAAAGUCUUUUUUAUAUAGUGAACUCGACACUUCGUCUCCCAGAUCGUAGUGAAUUAAAACCGAUCUUGCUCUAUUUAAGACUUUUUAUUGCAGCAUUAGAAAAAUUACCAUCGUUCUAUGGUCUGGUCUAUCGUGGCGUAAAUGGAAAUAUUUCAAGUAAUUUUGUCAAAGGUAAAAAACUAACUUGGUGGGGUUUUAGUUCCUGUACACGAUCAUUGAAGGUGUUAAACAAAGACGAGUUUCUCGGAGAAAAUGGUCAACGAACACUUUUCUACAUUGAAUGUAUGAACGGUAAAUUAAUUGAAAAUUAUUCGUCUUCGUCAUCGGACGAUGAAGAGGUUCUUCUAUUGCCUGGUACUGAGUUUUUGGUGACUGGUAAAAAACGAGCAAAUCGUCUUUUGACUAUUAUUCAUCUCAAAGAGAUUCCAGUAAGCCGUCCUGCAGCAGAUGAAAUCAAGACUAUAUCCGUCAGUGUGAAUGAAAUGACAUCACCGGAAGAAGUCGAUUUUCGGGAUGAAGCAAAAGAAAAGAUAUGUGGACAUUAUUGCAAUCUAUGGGCAACAAGACAAUGUUGUAAAUGUUCAGGUUUGUAUUUAUGA